CCUUAGCAGGCUUUUGGAAUUCCCCACAUACAGAACUAGAUAGGGGAGUAUCUCACUGAAAACUUAGGUUCACUUAGAAGUCUCAUUUUUUUUUUCACAAGACUGUUCCAGAGCUUUCGGCUCUGCUAGUAAGUCAGAGCUUCCCUCAGAAACUUCCUCAGAAAAACUAGGGUGAUCUCAACAUUGAUGUGCACAAGGACAGUUCUUUCAGAGACUCACUCAGAGGGAGAGCUACAAGAAAGCUGUGAGAUCUUUCAGGAUGAUGCUGCAAAAGUCCAGAAGUACUUUUAACACCAACAGAUGUUGUGCAUUGACCAACAGGUGCAGGGUUCUUUUCUCAAUUACAGCUGUUCCUGUGAUGGACAUCUGGCUGCUUCGAGGGCAUCUUCCUCUCCUGCUGCUGCUCUUCAGUCUACAGAGACCUACAGAAAGUUCUGAGGUUAUAGUUAGGAGCAACAUUAACCUAGCAUCAGAUUCCUUUGACGAUCAGUAUCAAGGCUGUAUCCAACAGGUCAUGGAGAAGCUAAAUCAAGGGGACUAUUUCACAAAUGAAAUAGAAAAUGAUAGGAUAUACUCCAGGGCCUGGCAUAACGCCUACUUAAACUGGUUGAACCAAGUAAAAACUCCUCUCCCCAAGAACAUGACUAAUGCACAUGCUGUGGCCAUCCUGGUUUAUACAUUGAACAGCAAUGUUCGAUCAAACUUCACUAAAGCCAUGGCUAUUGCUGGUAGAUCUCCUCAGCAGUAUAAGGAUUCAUUCCAUUUCAAAUAUCUACACUACUACCUGACCUCAGCAAUACAGUUGCUGAGGGAAGAAAAUGUCAAGAAGAAUGAUUCUCUGUGUUAUGAAGUGUAUCAUGAGGCAAAGGACAUCUACUUGGAAGCUUCUAUAGGUUCUACCCUUCAAUUUGGCCAAUUCCUUUCCACCUCCCUCCUAAAAGAAGAGGCACAGAAGUUUGGAAACCAAACUCAGUUUACCAUAUUUACUUGCUUGGGUGUCUCUGUACAAGACUUCUCACUCAAGAAGGAGGUUCUUAUUCCUCCCUAUGAGUUGUUUGAAGUUGUGAAUAUUAGCUACUACCAAAGAGGAAAUUGGUUGAAAUUGCGGUCAACUGGAAACCACAGCAAGUUUAACUGUGAGCUGCUGAAAGCUUCCAGCGAAAAGUGCAUCCCUAUUCCUGUACUUACAGCUACUCUACCCCUUUUGACCAUUGCUAUCAUCUCUUCCAAAACCGGAGAAUAAAGAAAACUUGAGAUUUUACUUGUCUUAUCCCCUUUUACUUAUUCCAGUAAAGGAACCCCGAAUUCCUUUGAGGGAUCAUUCUGUCUAACAACCAAUCACUGCAGAGUUGUUUCUGUUCACUACCUAUGAAUGGCAUUGUAUCUCAAUAUAUUUUUCUCCAUUAACACUGAGGAUCAAACUGAAAUUGAAAACAACCCCAUCAGAUCUUGUGAGAUACACAAGUUACUUUUGCUAAUUGGAGUUGGGAGUAGAGUGGAGGUUUUUUAGUGGAGAUUAAUGAAAGCACAGCUUGAGCCUAGAGCAGCUCAGAGCUAUCUCCUACUAGGACUGGAAUCUCUGACUCCCUGAGAAUGGAUCUAGCACAAUGAAGGAAGAUCUGAGAAAUGGAAAUAAUCUGAUCCUGGUGGUCCAAGAGGAGGUGCAGUGGAUAAAGCAUUGGACUCUCAAGCAUGAAGUCCAGAGUUCAGUCCAGGGCAGCACAUGUAUCAGAGUGAUGCCUGAGUUCUUUCUCUCUCCUCUUAUCUUUCUCAUUAAUAAAUAUUUUAAAAUUUUUAUCCUAAAUAGUGUGUGUGAGCUGUAGAUCCAACUAUACCUGGGACAAAAUAUACUGGGCUUUUUCAUUAUAUAAAUCAAUAAAUCAUAUUUCUGCUUAAAAGUUUUGGAUUAAAUUUUUUUUCACUCCAGGGUUAUUGCUGGGCUCGGUGCCUGCACAAUGAAUCCACCGCUCCUGGAAGCCAUUUUUUCCCCCUUUUGUUGCCCUUAUUGUUGUAGCCUCGUUGUGGUUAUUAUUGUUGCCAUUGUUGACGCUGUUCGUUGUUGGAUAGGACAGAGAGAAGUGGAGAGAGGAGGGGAAGACAGGGGGAGAGAAAGAUAGACACCUGCAGACCUGCUUCACCGCCUGUGAAGCGACUCCCCUGCAGGUGGGAAGCUGGGGCUCCAACCGGAAUCCCUAUACCGGUCCUUGCGCUUUGCGCCACAUGCGCCUAACCCACUGUGUCUCCGCCCCGACCCCCUUGGAUUAAAUUUUCUAUCUCAAGCAACUAAAGGAAUUGGUUCUCACUUAUUUUUAGUAUAGCUGUCCUAAACAGCAGCAAAACAGAGACGUUUGAAUUAAGAAGCUAAGGACAAAAUUCUUUAUCAAAGACUGGGGAGAUAGCACAACCACAGUGUAUCGUACUUACACAUGUGAAGUCCCAGGUUCAGUUCCUGGCACUACCAAUAGCUAGAGCCAAGACCUAAUGCUCUGGGUCAAAAAUAAGUAGGAUAAAUACAUAAAAUCCUUCAUCAGAUUGAAGCAAUUUGACCCCCAGAGUCAUAGCCAAUGUAUGAAUUUAUUCAGAGAUUUUUUAUUGUCGUUCUAGACCAAAUUAAUGUAGUCUUAGGUGGGUGGAAACUUGAGAAGUAAAAGGAAAAUUUAACAAAAAUGUUAGAGAAAUCAUCUUGUGUUAGUAGUAAGGUACUUCAUACAUAUCUAAAAUACAAAGACGGAAUUUAUAUCUGUAUGCUAUCUACAGAGAACAUUUAUAGCAAAUUGGAUUUUAAGUUUUAGUCAUAAGUUUACAUUUACUUAUUGAAAAAAAUGUAGAUAUUGAUAGAGUAAAAUGAGAAAAUAAAGGAGGGAAAGUGUGGGAUUAUGUGAAAGCAUGGUAGAGCACAGGGGAACUCCCCCAUCCUUGAGAUGGAGGUCUGAAAAGAUACCUCACCUGUCAGUCUCUCCCUUUCAGGGAUAGAGCUUGGUGGGAAACGCUUUUCCUGACUGAGUUCCUUUUUGUCAGUCUCCCAGGCUUCACAGAGACCUGCAACUUCUAACACUUAGCUCAUUCCCCUGCUACAAGCCAAAUGGUUGCCUGCUUGAAUACUCCAUCACACUCCCUUGCCAGUAACAUAACAAUGAGACCCCCCCCCCCACCUCUUCCCGGUUCUUUGAUCAUCAUGACUUACAUCAAUACUCUGCCAUUCUCUGCUUUAUCUCAUUCUGCUGGUUUAACAACCAUGUUUCUCAUAACACCUUUAGAUAAUUAACAUUUCUUGCCACAUGGAAACUAAUUGUUUUGACCUUUUUGUAUCUUAUCAAUUCUGGGGUCAUUCCUUAGCCCUCCCAACCAUAGGGGUACUAACCUUUUGAAAACCUGUGAUUACUGACAUAUGUGAAAAAUGUUCUUUGUUCCACUUUGCUAUAUAAGCCUUGUCCUUUCUCUGAAUAAAUUGGAAGUUCAU